AAAGAGCACAACCACAACAUGCAAUUCCAAAAAUAGUGCAAUGUAAUUUUUAGCCAACUAAAGUGUAGUAGUGGAUUGAAAGUUGAUAGGAGAAUAUGGAUCAACCCUGGGACCAGGUUUACGCCCGGGAUGUCCCGCCAGAUUUUGAAGAGAUGAGGAAAAGAGAGGAUCGUAAGGAAAGAAUAAAACCAUACUGGGAUCUUUUAGUGAAUGACAAGGAGCCUAAAGUAAAUAAGGAUUCAUUAAUACGUUUAAUGCAUGAUUUGAAAGAGGAGGGAAAUGCCUUGUUUAAAGAUAGUCAUUUUGAUAUAGCCUGGAUGCACUACCGAAAUGCUAUAUUUGUUGUUCGUAUAUUGGAGAAUCGAUUUUAUCACACGGUUGAGAAGGAAUUUACAUCUUCACUCUUCUCAAAUAGAGCAUUUUGUUGUUUAAAGAAGAGUAUGUUUAAAGAGGCAGUACAAGACUGUGAAUCAGCUAUUGGUGUAUUUCCUAAGAAUAUCAAAGCCUACUAUCGACAAGCCUUGGCAUAUAAGAAUAUGAAAAAGUUUUCUGAAGCAUAUAGAUCCGCUUGUAAAGGACAGGAAAUGCAACCUAGCUCUGCUUUAAAAGAAUUAAUAGAUGAAUUAGAACCAAGGAUAAAAGUAGGAUCUAGAUCAGCUGAGUCACAGGGGAGACAAACAGCUGAAGUGUCGGCUAAAUCUGCCUCUGUAUUGGGCACAGUAGAUGAUGCUGCACAACCCGAUAAUGAGUGGUUGACUGGAACUAACAUUGCAGUCACACAAAAGCAACUUGAAACAAGAUCAAAGAUGACAAAGAAAACUAAAAAGAAGAACAAGGGUUCAACGAGUCCUGUAAAGAAUGUUAUUGUAUCAAGUAUUGAACCAGAAACAGAAAGUGACGACCCCAGCCCUGCUGAGUAUGAGGAUGAUACAGAGUUUGCUAACUUGCUAAGAGGAGUUCAGAAGAAUACUGCAGCAAGCAGAAUGGGAACAUUGAAUGGUCGAGGUAUGUCUUCUGGUGGUCUGGAUAUUAUAGCCCCGCCCACAGUUGAGGAAACACCAUGGUCAUAUUUUCCUCACGAUACUGAAGAAGAUCUGAACAAGACUGUUACUGAUGAUAAUCAGACUGUUGCUAUGGGCCUCGACAGUUUCUCUCCAGCAGUCCAAUCUACAGAAACUGUUGACUCGGAGGCUGGAAGUUUGAGCUACAGUAACACAUCGUCAGGUCGUAGUUCCCGGGCAUCUCAGAGCCCUGCCAAGUUUGUUACAGUAACAUCACGUACUUCAAGUGCCACACCAUCACCAGCACCACAAAAUAUACCACAGAUUCUUUUCCCACUGAUAGAGGAAUUUGAUUUUAAGAUUGCCUGUCGUCAUUGCUUUUCAAAGAUUGGAGAAGGUGUUAAAGGUUACAGAUAUGUAAAUGCUGCCCAUCAAUGCCUGCGGGAUGUGUUGAUACUAAAGAAGAAGAACGUAGCUGGGUUGAGCUGGAUUAAGGUCCGGCCUCGACCUGAGACAAAGGGUCACUACGGAUCUUUUAAAAUCUGUACACAGUUCAGUCAGAAUAAACCAUGUAAAGUGGCUGAGGAGAAAUGCACAUUCCCACAUCAUCAGGCGGAAGCUAGCCUUUGGACAAUUGAUAGAGAUGGAACAUUUUCAAUAGAAAAUUUUAUAACACAGUGUAGGACAUACAAAAUAUGCUUUAAACCUAUGGUGGUAACAAGAAGAAAACCUGGAUUCUCAGCGCCACAGAGUGGAUUGUUGAGUCAUCCACCCCCAGUAGGAGUACCUGUGUCCUAUCCUCCACCAUCACCUGGACAACAAAUGUCACAUUUUACAGGCUUACCACAUCCAGGCUUUCCACCCCAUGUCAAUGGCUACAAUUAUGGUCAGUUUACACAGCCUCCGCCUCCUGUGCCAAACCAGCGGAACCAGUGGAGCUUGCAGACUCCAACAGUGAUAGAGGAACCAGAUCAACCAGUGUUCGAACAACAGCAGUCAGUCACUAAACUAGAAAACCCACUUGCAGAGACACACAAUGCCUAUGUGGUGUGUCAGCAUUGCUUUAAGGCAACCAUGUAUCCGGGAAUAUAUGACUAUAUCAAUUUAACCCAUAAAUGUGAGGAAACUAUGCUUGCUAUGAGGAGAAAAGGGCCAGCAGAACCUUAUGUUAGAGUGAGAGAAAGGAAAAAUCAUCGGGAAUUUCCAGGAAACUAUAUUCUGUGUAACAGCAUCCGAUAUAAAAAUCCUUCAUUUUGUAAAUAUGGAGAAGAAGUUUGCAGUUUUGCACAUAAUGAUGUUGAAAGGUUUUUUUGGACACUGGAGAAAGAUGGAAAGUUCAACAUAACUGAGUUUUUGAUACAGAAUAGAAAGUUUAGUGCAGGGAAGGGAUUUAGUCUUGAGGAGAUACUCAAUAAACAUGGCGGUUAUUUUGAAUUUAUAUGUAGAGCUUGUUACUAUGGAACUCCGCCGAAAAUAUCUCUGAUUAGCUCAGACCCAACAAAAUGUAAUGGUGACCCACCUGGUCAUUUAUGGAAAGAUUUUAAGAUCCUGGCACAUGUUGGACCUGGUGGUGUAUUCACACUCGUUAAUCCGCGAGGGUUUUUACACAAGUCUGCAUUUUUCAAGAUCUGCAAGUGGUUACAGUUUUGUCGCUCCAGAGUUAAUGCUACAUGUAGGUUUGCUCAUAGUAUGAUAGAGAGAGAUAUCUGGAUGUUGGAACGAGACUGUGGUAUAAAGCGUAGUGAAAUUGCCAGUCAGUCAAAACAGAUCGUAUGUGGCACUCCAGCUCAUAAUACAGGCUUCUCCUCAAGUCAGGCAGCGGUAACAAAACCAACCCCUACCAUAGCCAUAACAACAGCAGCCGCACCAGAACCAAAACAACAAGUUGCAGUCCAGAGCACAGAGUCUACUGGUAUACCAGCUGCUGCAGAUGGUUUGUGCCCAAUCACUGUUCUAGAAGUGUGUGAGACAUGCUGGAAGCGUGGCCAGAGAACCCAGCAACAGACCGGCAAAGACCGAUGCCAGAAAGGUCAUGGUAACUGGAGCUGCAAUAUUGUCUACCUUCUGAGCCCCUCACUGAAAGAGUUACGUCCCUUACCAAGGAAGAUUCCAUCUGGAUUGAACUUCAUUAUUUGUCAGUAUAUUAGAGAUGGAAAGAAGUGUGGCUAUUCUGGGAGAGGUCCCUGUCAAUUUGCACAUUGUGUAGAAGAGAUGGAGGCCUGGAAAUUUAUGUGUGCUAAUAAUUUGACAACACCAGCAGAAUUAUCCCAGGCCAGUAAGGCCGCCCAGAAAGCUCGUGCAGAGUCUGCCAAGAGUAAGAUCAGUGGCCAGUCAGUCGUCAGUGUGAGCAUGAACCCAGUAAGUGCGAGCCGGCCUGCCAUGCCUGUGACCAGUGUUCAUACAUUCUACUGCCACUAUUGUGGAGUUUCCUGUAACAGUCAGAAGCAGUGGGAUGAGCACUGUGCUUCAGAGAAACAUAACUUCAAUGUUAACUCAGACAAGGAACAUCAGUGGAACUACAGACAACCACCUUGGACAUCUGGCAGGUCCUAUGAACUCUGUGAAAAACAUUCAGAUGGUGGACAGUGUCAGUACUCUAAUGUACCAGACAUGUAUAACCUGUGUCGCUAUGCUCACAGUCAGGAUGAACUAGAUGAGUGGAAGGAACGUUAUGAGUGGCGACAGAUGAAGAGAGAGAUGGCAAGGCAGGAAAAGGUGUUCUCUUACAUGGAUGAGCUGCUGGAGAAAUACGAGAAUUCUACAGAUCCUGUCAAUGUUAUAACGGAAGAACUAGAUGGCGUAGAUAUUACAACAAAAGGAGAUUUACACAUCUACAGAGAGGACAAACAGGCCAAAUACACAUGGACAUUUCAGAUUGUUGCUUCGAAACGGAUUGAGAAGAUAGCUCUCUUAUAUAAUCGUGACAGAUUGCAUUUCGCCCUUGUAAAUGGUAUGGAGAGAUCUUGUCAGAUUGCCCAAGGUGACGUGUUCUGUCACAAUAUCAGUGAUCUGGGCAAACCGUUGUACGAGGUACAGCUCAGUUUUACAGGUGGAAUGUUUGGAUCGUUUAUGCAGUGGAUUUUGUUUGAUUUUGGACCAGAACUUCCUGUACUCUGCAGGAAGGUUACCGUGGAGAUUGGGAACCAGUCGUCCCAUGAGAAAGUGAAGAAUCUCCGGCAGCAGUUACAGUUUGAUCGCUGGACGAGCCUCAAUCGAGAGAUUGUAAGGCAUGAAAUAAUGGAGGACAUUGAGGAAAUGCUGGUUCGGAAAUACAGGGAGCCUUCAUCAUCGGAGAUUGUUGUAACCCAGACAACAGUAACCACGGAGCUUAAUAGGCACAACUACAAGGCAAAGAUGCACAAGUUGCUGGAACUUGAAGAGAUGACUAGACAUCAGACAAUUUCCAGUGCGGCUGAUCUGUACAUUGUGAAGCACUUUGAUUCAUUCUUGAAGAAAUCGGGAAACCAGUCUCUGUUGAAGCGUGUUUAUUUCAAGGAUCGUCUGUUGUAUACUGUCUCGCCACUAGUAAAGAACUACUGUUUAUUGUCACAUGACGGCGAUGCCUUUCAGAUACCGACGCAGAAAGAUAUUGAGAAAUGUCGUGUAGUUAUUGUCACAGUAACAACAUCCCUUGUCCUUGCAAAUCUUGGUCUGCAAGGAAUGUUCACCCAUAUUUUCAUAGAUGAAGCGGCCCAGACCUUGGAGAGUGAGAGCCUCAUGCCCUUAACUCUUGCUACAGAUAAAACAUGCAUUGUGCUGGCUGGGGACCACAGGCAGAUCAGUCCUAAAGUGUACAGUGAGGAAGCCAGGAACCAGAAUUUACAUCAGUCAUUGUUAGAGAGACUGCAUCAGUAUUACGACUCCCACUCUACGUAUAUCCCGGAAACAAGUCCGUUGAACAUACUUCUUAGUAUCAACUACAGAACCAAGAUGGAGAUAUUGCGGUUUAUCUCGGCUGUAUUCUACGGUGGACCAGACGUCUUAAAAUCAGAGGCAAAUAUUAGAUCUGUUUUAUCCAUCACGCCUUUGGCAUUUUAUGCUGUACAGGGCCGUGAGGUUCAGGAUGAAAACAGCAUAUCGUACUACAAUAUGUCCGAGGUUCAGGAAGUUGUUGAUAGAGUGGAUGAUCUAUUAGACAAGUGGCCAGAAGAAUGGGGUCCUCCAUGUGCCAAGGAAAUUGGUGUGGUUACACCAUAUUAUGACCAGGUGAUAUUGAUAAGGAAGGCUUUGAAAAAGAGGAACAUUGCUUUGAAAGACGUAAUGGUUGAAAGGGUACAGGGUGUUCAAGGUAAAGAGUUUCGAGCCAUGUUUAUUACAACAGUGAGGACCAGAUAUCUUAUAGAGGCCCCACAUGUACAGAACCAUGCUUUAACAGAAUGUGAUGGUGAAGGAGGAGAUUUUGGUUUCCUGUCAGACUCUAAGCUUCUCAACACGGCACUGACACGAGCCCAGUCUUUGGUGGUUGUAAUUGGUGACCCUGUUGCACUGUGUGCUGUUGGUGAAUGUGUGAAUGUUUGGCGUACCUACAUCAAACAUUGUCAGAACAUGAGUAGUUUGUAUCCUCAAAAUCAUACAUUUGAUUCCAUACGACAGCAGGUGCAGAACUUGCUUAACUCUCCAGCACGCGAGAGACUACUCCAAAUUGCAAAUGAGCGGCAGGGUGGACAGAAAAUUGGAUCAGUUGUACCUGAUACAAGUAGCAGUACAGAACCUAAACAGGGUUAUUCUUCAAGUGUACAGUCCACCAGUGGAAAUGGUUCCACUAAUGUUUACCUGACGAGAACCAGUGUUGGUAGCAACCUGUAUGAUAUAACAAGUAGAGAACAGAACACUUCACCUGUCAGGAACAAUGGCACCUUAAACAAUGGUGCAGCAUUAAAAAGUCCCCUUACACCCCUUAACCGACUAAGAACAGGAAUUACACGUGGUCUUCCACCAGCUCCUCUCACAACUUUGACUCAGAGGAAAUCCUUGGAGUCUUACUAUGAGAUAGGAGAUGAAUUUACAUUUGAUCCUGAUGAUGUUUUACUUCAGUUGUUGAAGUUGGAUGGCAAAGGUGGAGGUAACGUGACAAAGGAUAGCGUUUCCGUACGAGAGGAGAAUGGUCAGGCAGUUGUCAGGGCCGGCAGUAAUAUUGUUGUUGAAAACGGAGCUAUCUAUCCUUCAUAUGAUGAGAAACAACUAAAAACAUUACUGAACAAUGAAGCAAGGUAUCUUAGAACUCGGCUACAUGUUAAUGAGGGAUGUAAAGCUGAAGUACUUGAUGGUGUGAGUAGAAGUACAGAACUGGAUAUUCCCAGUAGGUGGCUGCGUGGUCAGGGUAAUCAUAAUGAUGAAGUUGUGGUCGAACUGGUUACUGAGGGAAGUCAGAGAUAUGGAAAAGUUGUAGGAGUUUUGAAUACAGCUGUGGAUCUAAAGAACCGAUAUAUUGUUUGUACGAUGGGAGAUAAUGGUGGGAUUAUGGUACCAGUUGAUAAUGGAUUAUCCCCAAUGUUUAAUGUUACAACAGUAGCUAACUUACAACAGAACAAAGAAGAUAGUGUGUUUGUAUACCGCUUCACAAAGAGCAAACAGAUUAGGUUAAGUCAUAUGGAGAAGGUAGAUAUCUUGAGUAGAAAUGAUAAAUUGUUUAUCACCAGAUUCUUAAAAUGGGACAGUAAGUUACAACUACCUUUGUGCAUAGUGGUUGGUGUUUUCAAUGUUAGUAUUGAUGUUGCAACAUGUAUGAAGGUUUUAGAGCUGGAGCACCAUUUAGUGAAGGCGUACAAUCCUGGUAUAGCUGAGGAGGUUGACUACCUAUAUCCUGAUAACUUCCAUCUGACUGAUGAAAUGUUCAGCAGUAGAAAUCUUGAUUUGCGGGAAAGUUGGUGUUUCACCAUUGAAUCAUCCGGCAAUAGUCCUACUAGCAGGGCAUUUAGUAUAGAUGAGAUAGGAGAUGGUAAUUACCAUGUUGGCGUACAUAUUACUGAUGUUGCAGCAUUUGUAAAUAAGGGAAGUAGCGUCGAUAUUGAGGCACAGAGUCGAGGUGUGGCCUGUUUCCCAGCUUUGGAAGAACCAGUCCAGAUGUUGCCAAACAAACUGUCUACAGACUUGUGUAACCUUAAACCUGGGGAAGACAGAUUAGCUUUCUCAGUUCUGAUGACAGUAAAACCUACAGGGGAGGUAAUGCAAGUCAAUAUUCAGAAAACCAUCAUUAACUGUAAGAAGAGUUUCAGUAUGCGAGAAGCUCAGGAUAUAAUACAAGAUCCCACAGCUCAUGAGGACUAUUUAAAAAGUUGUGUACUUGUCCUCUUUGAGAUUGCCCGUCUGUGGAGGAAGGAAAGAUUGGGAAAUGCUUCACUAUAUCAUGAGAAUUCCCUGGAGAAAUCAACAUCGUUUGCCAGUCAGCUUGUUCAAGAUAUGAUUGUGAUGACAGAGUAUCACAUUGCUCAGAUAGUAAUGAGAAGUUACCCUGAUGUGACACCGUUGUUUGUGCAAGAUGCUCCAGACAGUCAAGCUCUCGGAAGGUGGAGGCAGGAACACGCAGCAGACGCUGUUAACUCUAUCGCCUUAACUAAACCUUUCCUAAACUCUUCGUUAAUGGAGAUUUGUAAAUGUGGCUUGGCAUGUACACAUACAGUAAACUUUGUACGCCAGGCUAAUAUUGUAAAGAGAGAACAGAUUGAUGUAGUGUCAGGACUUUGGGACAGUCUAAAUGAUGCAGUUGGACUCGGAGACUUUGCCACCAUACAGGAUAUUAUUGUGUCGCCGGAGAAUCAUCCCCAGUUAGCGGUAGCUUUAUACCUGUUACAGUCAAUUCAACAGCAGGAGAAAUUUGUAAGCAGUUCCGAUAUUAGCAACGGGAACUACCAUUAUACAAUCAACCGUAGACCUUACACACAGAUUACACAGCCACUGAGUUGUUACAUAGAUAUUGUUGUACAGAGACUGCUAACUGCGUGUUUAGAUUCUAAACCUUGUCCAUACACACAGCCAGAGAUACAGGCUGUUUGCAGUGAUACAACUAAAUCUCUUGCUAACAGGAAGAAAUUUGAAGCAGAGGCUCGUCUAGUUCAGUUGAGCUCUGCACUUCUAUCAAGACCGUUACUUCUACAUUCAGUCAUCGUUAAUUUGAAUUUAGAAGACAUGCAGAUGUGCUUCUCAAGUCUCCUUUCAGUUCUGCCACUGCAGAAUGUUGACUUAGUUUCCCUCGGCAUAUGUGAGCCACCGUUUUACAGUGAAAGUGGAGGAGUUGUAUUGAAGUGGAAAGAAAGAGUGUAUGAUUGCGGUGUGUUGCAGCAUCAAGCAGUUGUUGGCAGUAAUUAUGGGGAGCUUAAUCCUGAUAGAUUCAUAUACAGAAUCCCUGCAUUCCAGUGGCAGAGGUUACUGAUAGCGAUAAGGGAGCAGGAUGAAGGCAUGCGGGUGCAGAAACUUAACUCUGCUGUAGAGAUUGUACGUAAACAAGUUAGUAACCCUGCACUGGUAGGUAAUUACAUUGAAGAUGUGACAUCAGAAGUGCACAAAUUAGGAAAUAUUAAACAUUUAACAGAGUUUUCCCUCCAGCUGUCAGCCAAUCAGCUACUACUGGUACAACUUUCAGCAAGGUCAGGUUCCAACAAUCCUCUGUUAUCACCAUACAUCCAGUUAUUUAACCUGACUAAUCAUCUAGAUAUAUGUUUGCAGCAUGCUCAACAUCCAGACACUUGCUUUGCUAACAAACACAAUAUUGUGGAGCCAAGUGGUGCAAACUGUAUGGACAUCAGAAGCUAUCAGAAAGUGUGGAUGCCAAUAUUAGAGAUGGAAGCCGCUAGUAAAGCUGUUGAGAAUAAUGAUCGUAUUCUAGUUAACAAUGUACCGAUAGAGUGGAAGCAAGAAGCUGUACCUAGCACAAUGAUUGGUUACAUUACUCUUCCCCUGACAUUUAUGAAACAGAGACAAAUGAAGAUAUCUUCUAAUUUUGAGCAGAAGAUGUUGUUUAAUCCAGACAAUAUUUCGUAUUGUAACGCCUACUUUUCCGACUUUGUCUGCAUACGCUAUAGUAAUGUUACUUUACCAAAUAAUUCGGGAUUGAGUGAAGAGAUAGCACAGCUGGUUAACACAGGAGGUAUUUUCACAUGGGUAGGACACUGCACUGUAAUUGGUGUUGCCCUUGGUAAUGGAACAGCUACGUUAAAACUUCAGUUGGUUCAGAGUGAUGUGCCCUUGCCUGUAAUGCUUGUAAGGAGAAGAACAUGUACAAUAGAGCUCAUCAUGAGGACAGAGGCAGAUAGAAUGAUGCUGUAUUCACUAAGAAGUCUCGAGUACAGCACCAAGUUGGCCCAGGAUGUUAUAUUAAGACAGACACCUACAGAUAAAUUACAGUUCACAGAUGUUGAUUCAUUGCUUCAGUCAUGUAGAGGAGUUCUACAUGUACCUAAUCAGCAACAAGAAGCAGCCCUUAAAAUGUCAGUGGAACAGCCCCUCACUGUCAUACAGGGAUGUGUGGGCUCUGGAAAAUCUGUGUUGGCUGCCAAACUGGGCUUCAUAUAUGCUCAGCGCAACAGAGGUGUUAGUGGACCUAAACAGCAGGUGUUAAUGUGUGCACCAAGGGAAACUACUCUGGAUAUUCUUACAGAGUACUUUCUGUCCCUGAAGCCAAAUUGUCCGAGAGUAGUCAGAGUUUAUAGCAACAGUGUAGAAAGAGUUGUACAUCCGUCGCCAAAAGAUGUAACACGUAUAAUGCCAUAUAGUAGUCAAGAUGUGGAUGAAAUCAAGGCUAAUUACUCUGUUCUAUCAUUGUACGACCUGGUCAGACGUUCAGGGUCACCUUUUAGUAAAUCUCUAACUGAGUAUGAAACACUAUUUUCUCUGUAUCCUGAUGAUAUAUCCGAGGAUCAGUUUGAUGAGUUCUCAGAGUUACUGACUAAGGUUGAGACUGCUGUGUUAAGAGAAGCUGAUGUAAUAUUGUGUACCUGUGUAACUGCUGGUCUACCAAAGAUAACUUGUAACACUAACAUUCAACAGAUAAUUAUUGAUGAUGCUAAUUCUGGUUCUGAGCUUGAGUUGCUGGUUCCACUGUCAUUACACCGAGAGGCAAACCAGGUGACAAUUAUCGGGGAUGUUAACCAGAUAGGUCCACACGUUACUAAUGAGGCUGCUAAAGUUCUUGGGUUAGGAAGGUCCAUAAUGAAAGAUUAUUUGAGUUUGGCAGUGUAUUUGAAUGUUCAGUAUAGAGUGCAUGAGGGUAUAGUGGAUUUCCCAUCUAAGAAUAGUUAUGAAGGUCGACUCCUGUGUGGUACAAUGGGACAGAGACAGCCUUCCAUCUUGAACUGGCCUGCAGGAAGAACUAAACCAGUAGCUUUUUGUAAACUGAAGGGUACAGAAAGUACACAUCUACUUGAUGUUGGAUCACAGAGGGAAGAUACAAUUUGUAAUAGUGACCAGGCUGACUUUGCUGUGAGGAUAGCAGUUUCCUUGGUAACGAGUUACCAGGUACCAGCAAGUAAUGUAGCAGUUAUCUGUACAACUAGAGCCCAGCGUGUCAUGGUCAAAGAUAAGUUUUCAGCUGUAGGAAACAAUUCUGCUUGUCUUACUGUAGCUGAGGCACAAGGCAAGGAGUAUGACUAUGUAAUCCUUUGCACUGUUAGGACAGUGGCUAAUCCUAGUGUAGAAAGGUAUCCAGAUAAAAAAUGGAAGUUGGCUAAACUUGGUCAGCUUGUUGAUAAAGCUAUAGUCACUACAGCUUUAACUAGGGCUAAGAAAGGAUUGGUCAUUGUAGGUAAUGAUGAGCUGUUACGUUGUGAUGCAUUGUGGGCCAAGUUGCUGGCGGAUUAUGGCAACAGUGGAAGGAUUGUUACCGCAGAUACCUUCCUCAAGUCCAUGUCUAUGUAGUGAUACGCCAGUUAUAUUUACUAUGAAACCUAUAUAUGCUUAUAUAACAUAUCAGCGGAUUCAGAUUAGACUGUAAUAUAUAUUUAUGUGUGAAUAAUUGUAAAUUAUAUGUAUUUAGUGUUUGAAUAACACUUAUAUGUAUGCUUAACUUUGAUGAUUUAGGCGUCAAAUGUUGAAUGAAAUUGUUAGCAUUUUUUUGUAGAUUGAAGCUGAAAGAUAUGUAAAAGAAUAUUAAUUGGUUAUCAUUUGUAAAGAUGUUUAAAGACAGUUGUUAAAGGUUUUGAUACAUUCUGUUUGUAAUUUACUGCAGUGGUAGAGUUAUGUUCAUUUACAAAUGAAAUUAGUAGAGCUGUUCACUCGAUCAAAGGUAAUGUUACUGGCUGAGCUUUGGAGUUUGCUUACAUACAUGUAUACAGUUGUAUAUAUUUCAUGAUUUUUAUGUUCUUUUUAAUUGUUGUUAGAAAAGAUUAACUUUAUUUAUUGAUACAUAUUUGUUGUUGUUUCAUUGAGUUGCAGAGUUAUUGGUUAGAAUAGAUUGCUGUAUAUUUAUAUGCUUUAUUUGUGUAAAAAAAUAUUCUUUGAAUAUUUUGUUAUUUACUGUGAAAUAAUGAAUUUGCGGGCAUAACAUUGUGUGGUUCCAGCAAAAAUGCCUGUUUUGUUGGAACAUAAUGGAUUUCAGUUUUAACCAUGAAAUCCAAAACAUGACAUCUUGUUUAUAAAACUGCAGCUUUAGAUUUUGUUUAUACUCCUGUUUUAUCUCUUGACUUUUGUUGAUUUUCAAAGUAUACAUGUAUGUGCAAAAAUGGAUAGGUAAAUGUUUGAAUACCUGCAUUCUGCAGUUGCUUAAGUAUGAAUAUAUAUAGAAGAGGUUAUUGACAGAUAUAUGUCUAGAACAGAUAUAGCCAGUCUUAUGUCUACAUAUCUUUUGAAGAAAAGUAUAAGCAUACAUUUAAUUUUGCAGAUGAAAAUUGUUUUAAUGUAUAAAAGUAUCUGUAUGUAUUAAGAAAGUAUGUGUCACUAUAUGUUAUAUAUAGUGAUAAGAAACCUGAACUGUUACUUUGAUUCAGUCAUACAUUUUGCUAUUUAAAUGUAUGCCAAUAUAUUUGGAAAUAGUGUUUGAAUUUUGAAUGAAAUUUAACUGCAAAAAUUAUAAUUUAUGUUUAUUUGACAUACAAUAUACUGUAUGUUUUGCUGUAACAAUAGGCCCUGUUUGUUUGUAAGGUUUGGUUAAAGAAGGGUGGGAGGAUGAUUAUAAUUGCAUCUUUUCUCAACCUUGGAUUAUGUAGGAUGCUGGACAGGGAUUUUUGUGUAAAUAGUUUAAUGCCUUUAUAUGGAUUAGAAGAAAUGAAAAUGUUUACUACAAGAUAAGAAUUACUGUAAUAUCCUGACAACUGGCCCAUAUAAAUUACCUAUGUUUUUCAUGAUUCAGUACUUGACAUGAGGUAGGGUUACCUGUAUAUCAUUUAGACAAGAUAAAUUAUGGUAAUAACAAUGACUUGAGUUUGCACUGAAUCAAAAACUGAGACACAUGAAACAAAAAGUUCAAGAGAAAUUAAAUUUUUCCUUGGAUGUACUAUGUAUACAUUUCAGUGUUUGUUAAGGUUUCAACCUUUAAAGAGAAAAUACUAGACUACAGUGGUAGGCAUUUUUAUCUAGAUUUCAGUACCUGUACAGACCAAUAACCUCGGAGCAAAAGGCAGAGCUCAGUUUUCCCAGAAGUUGUAUGAAAUGCACAUUUUCCCCAUUUUAUGGCCUUUAGUCUAGAAGUUACAGUAAUUAACUUGAAAAUAUUGUUAUUUGUAUAUAGAAUAUGUCUUGAUGUGUAGUUUGCAGUGUUAACCUUUAUAAUGAAAUGUAAUGACAUAUUUACAUUUAAACAUGUGAUCUUCUAAUUGACAUGUUUUACUAAUUUUGAAUGUCACAGCUUUUUCAUUUUUUAAAUGAACCAUAGCAUUAACUUACAUCCCUUGCAAUACAUCCAUUACAUUACUCUAAAUGAACAAGUAGCAUUUUAGUUGAUUGAACCAAUACAUCUUUCCUAACCACCAGUGUAGUUUCCCUUGCCAUCAAAUCCUACAAUUACUCAUGCAUACAGAACAGUAGAAAAUAGUACUGUGAUUUGUAUACAUAAAAUGAAAUAGAAUUUAUUUGUACAAAUAUUUACACUUUACACGAGUAUUUAUAAGCAUUAUUAAUUUCUUGUAUCUAAGUAAUGAUUUAUACUAUACACUUAAAUACAUGUAAUACAUUAAAUUUUGUUCUUGAUCUGUUAUUCUACAUAAAUCUAUGAUACUGGAUAGACAUUCUACUUUGAAAUAAAGUAUGGUAACUAUGUGGGUAGAUAGGUGAAAAAAAUAGAUGUUGAACCAUUUCUUUGGCUAUGAAAAGUAAAGUAUUAAAAGUGAUUUUAAUUAAAAUUAUUUUUUAUUGUAUAAAAUGGCACACAAGCUAUAAUGGUAAUUAUUUUAAUCAUAUUGUGUUAUAAUUGUUUAGAAAUAAUGAUUUGUGUAAAUACAAAAAUAUCUCAAUUUUGGUAUCAAAUUAGAAUAAAGCUAUUAAUAAAAAGAAAAUGCACACUGUAUAGUGGGAAAUUACUUUGUAAAGGUUGGAAAAGUCCUGUUAGGAAUUAUUCUGUUGAAGUAGGAUUAUGUUUAUAUUGAAAAACAGGAUUUUUCUGUGGGUAAAUAUUAAAUUAGUAGAAGGGAUUUUUUUAAUAUAAAAAUGCUCACUGUAUGAAGUAGAAUAAAGUUUUUAGGAAACACUGUAUAAAACUUAGAUAAAUUCUGAGGGUAAUUAUUCUGUUGAAAUAGGGUUAUAGUUAUAGAAAGACACAAAUAAUCCUGUGGGUUAAUACUGAUGCACACUAUAUAAAGUGGGAUAAACGUUUAAAACUUUGAUAAAUUUCUUUGGUAAUUAUUCUAUUCAAAUAGGGUUAUAUUUAUAUUUGUACAGAUGAAAGAAACCAGACUAUUUCAGUGGGCUCAUAUUUAUGCACAUAAUAUAAAGUAGGAUAAUUUGAUAAGAAAUCACUGCGUAAAAAGUUGGAUAUAUUCUUUGGGUAAUUCUAUUUAAGUAGGGUCAAUACAGAAAAAAGGCACAUGAUAAUUUCUGUAGGUUAAUACUGAUGCACACUAGAAAGUAGGAUGAGAUUUAUAGGAAAUCACUGUAAAUUUGGAUAAAUUCUGUGGGAAACAAUGACAGUUCAAAGACGCACACUAGAAAGUAGGAUAAGAUUUAUAGGAAAUCACUGUAAAUUUGGAUAAAUACUGUGGGUAACAAUGACUAUUCAAAGAUGCACACAAUAUAAAGUAGGAUUUGGUUUAUAGGAAAUCACUAUGUUAACAUUUGAUAUAUUUGUUUUGUAAUUAUUUUGUUCAAAUUGGGUUAUAUAUAGUUAUACAGGAAAAUAGGACUAUUCCAGGGGGUUGAUACUGAUGCCUGUUAUAUAAAGUAGGAUUUGGUUUAUAGGAAAUCACUGUGUAAAAAUUGGAUAAAUUCCAUGGGAAGUUAUUCAGUUCAAAUGGGUUAUAUUAGUACAGAAAAAUAGGAUUAUACUGAAAAAUAAUAGAUUGGACACUUAAAUAGUAGAAUAGGUUCUGUGGGGAAAAAAACUUUGGAAAAGUGGGAUAUAAGUUAUGUGGAUUGUUAUUCUGUUCUGGAAGGGUUUUAUUUUUUUAUACAGUAUUAUUUCUGUGGUUUAUAUAAACUUAAAAUAAGGUAUGAACAAUAAGGUUAAAUUUUUAGGAAACUUCUUUAUAAGAAGUUAGACUCUUCGGGUAUUAAUUCUGUUCAUAUAGGGUCACAUUUUUAAUAAAUUAUACAUAGAAACAGAACUAUUUCUGUGGGUAACUUGCAUCAGGUUAUUUUAUUUUAAUUUGCACACUGUAUAGUAGGUAGGAUAAGUCUUCAAUGAAAUUAUUGUAUAAGAUGGUUACUUCUGUGGGUAUUUUUUGUUCAAAUAUUCUAAUUUCUUUGGAUUAUUACUGAAUUAGAAGAUUUUAUUAAUUCUGUAUCUUAUAGACUGUAGAAAGUUCUGUAAGAAAUUACUAUGUAAAAAUUGACAUCAUAAUCUUUUAUGUUACAUUCAAACCUGUGUUCAAAACCGCCGCCCGCCUGCUUAGCUCAAUAGGUAAGAGCGUUGGUCUACGGAUCUCGGGGUCGCGAGUUCGAUCCUCGAGCGGGGCGUAUGUUCUCCGUGACUAUUUGAUGAACGACAUUGUGUCUGAUAUCAUUAGUCCUCCACCUCUGAUUCAUGUGGAGAAGUUGGCAGCUACUUGCGGAGAACAGGUUUGUACUGGUACAGAAUCCAGGAACACUGAUUAGCUUAACUGCCCGCCGUUACAUGACUGAAAUACUGUUGAAAAACGGCGUUAAACCCAAAACAAACAAAACAAACAAAAUCAAAACCACCUGUCAACAUAGACCACCAUGUUAUAAGUACAACUACAUUCAUUUUACACUGUGUAUCGGUAUGUUGAUAAGAACUUGCAAGUAAGAACUACUUUUUGACACACCCAUGGUGGUACUUGUGAAUAGGUUUGACUGCAUUUGCUUACUAACUUUGUUGUUUCUCUGAACAAUGAUCAUAUGGUCUUUAAAUAAAGAAUUAACUGUUAUUAGCAUUAUAACCUGUGAUGGAUGAGAAUGGUUAUCUAUUCUCUUGAUGAUCUCUAAUUCUCCAGUAUACCAAAAAAUAGUUCUUCACUUACAUUGUAUUUCAAAGAUUUGUGUUGGUGUGGACAUUAUUUUUGUAUCCUUUUCACCACUGAAAUCCAUCACUCCAGGGUACCUUUCUUUUUAAUUUUGAUAAAAAGAAAUAAGUGAAAUGUAAUGUAAGUUUUGGAAAUACCUUUUCGUACCUACAUUUAGGCAGGGUAGCUUUGAUUCCGUUUCAAACUGAAGUUGUUGUUCUUGUCUGUUGAAUAUUAUUGAUAUGUUACUGUUAUUUAGUAAUUUAUAACUUUUUCUCUGUUCUAUCAACUACAUACCCUACAGUUUACCCAAAUCCAAGGGAACCAUUCAUAAAGAAAUAGUGUCCACAGUAAAAUUUAGUUUAAAAAUUAAUCCAUGUGUCUGUAGCAUAUUUCUUUGACCUAUACCAGAAUUCAGUAAUUGUUAUCAACUUGAAUGUCAGCAUGAUUUAGCAACUGUUUCACAUGAUAAAUUCAUACAAACGUUUUAUUCAAAUAAACAGAACAGAACAGAACAGAAAAAGCAACAAAAAGUUGUUCAGUGUCAUAGCAUAUUUCAUUUCAAUAGUGUAGACUUUUGUCUGUCUCUGUUGUCAUCAGAUGAUUUUACUGCUUUGUUGUUUCCUGAUAUAUUCACUGUAGUGUUUCUGUAGCUGUAUUUUAGCCUUAAAUUUUCUGUGUGUAAUAAAAUCAGUUUUCUCUGACAA